AUGGAGGCUGAAGCUGCCCAAUUCCUAGAAUCUCUCCUGGGAAAGACGUUGCAUGUGACUGCCCCCGAUGGGCGGCUCUUCACGGGGACAUUUAGAUGUACCGACAAGGACAGCAACAUCAUCCUCUCGAGUACCUUUGAAUAUAGGAUGCCGUCAAAGGCUGUCGAAGCAGCAGCCAUUGAGAAGCUCAGAACUACAGGACAGGCAAGCCGGAGUGACAUGAUCUCGAGAUUCGUGGGACUCAUCGUAGUACCGGGAAAUCAGAUCACCAAGCUCGAGGUCGAGGAUAGGAGAGAGUGGCCUAGCGGACAGUCUUUAUCACUGAGAGCGAAAUCAUGA